AUGUUUUGUAGGGUUCUUGUAACCGCCGCAAAGAUCAAGUCUGCCCCUCCUCAACUAGUGUUAUUCCGUAGUUACGCGCCUAGAAUAACACCUCGGGAGUAUGAAAAAUAUGGCUACAUGAAUCCCGAGAAGAUUCUAGUUUGGAAGGCUGCUAGAGCCACUUCGGCAGCUCCAGUAUUUUUUGAAUCUUUCCAUGGUCUCGCUGAUGGUGCAAUAUUCUGUAAUAAUCCUUGUCUGACGCUGCUGACAGAGUUUUUCCGUCUGCAAAAAAUCGAAAGGCACAAAAAUAUUGUCAGUCAUUGUGUCAGAAAAAAGUAG